CAUAAAUUUGGAAAAGAAAAAAGAAAAAAAAAUAAAAUCCUACAAAGAAAAACUACAAUCGUUGGAAAUUUAGAAAGGAAACAAAGAAGCGUUCGCAGCAAAAGAAGCUUAAUUAGAAAAUUUCUCUCCGAUUUCUUCGUUACUUCCCUUCAUCCAACAUAAAUUCCCCAUUUCGUCCGCUUAAGAAAUUAUGAGUGAUCACCUGGUUUUGUAUGUGGAUCGUCUGGUGAGGCCGGUGCCGUUACAGCCGGUGGAGUCGGAGGUUGGUCCCUCAACGGAGAUUUCGGGCCCAUCCUGCUCGCCCAAGGAAAAGGAGAUCUUCCGUGGAGGCGGCGAAGAGGAGCCGCUCAUUCAAACGGCGGAGUGCCGCAUUUGCCAGGAGGAAGAUUCCGUUGAGAAUCUUGAGACUCCUUGUGCCUGCAGCGGCAGCCUCAAGUAUGCGCAUAGGAAAUGCGUGCAACAUUGGUGCAACGAGAAAGGAGAUAUCAUUUGCGAGAUAUGUCAUCAGCCUUAUCAACCUGGUUAUAUUGCUCCAUCUCGCCCCCAAACUGAAGAAACCGCUAUUGAUAUUGGUGGAGGCUGGACAAUCUCUGGCACCCCUGUGGAUUUGCGUGAUCCUCGCCUCUUGGCCAUUGCAGAGGCAGAACGGCAAAUUUUGGAAGCUGAGUAUGAUGAAUAUGCUGCAUCAAAUGCUAGUGGAGCUGCCUUUUGCCGUUCAGCUGCUCUAAUUUUAAUGGCCCUUCUGCUGUUGCGGCAUGCAUUAACUGUUCCAGAUGCUGAUGCAGAGGAUGAUGUGUCUACCUUUUUCUCUCUUUUCUUGCUUCGUGCUGCUGGGUUUCUCUUGCCAUGCUACAUCAUGGCUUGGGCCAUCAGUAUAUUACAGCGACAAAGGCAAAGACAGGAAGCAGCAGCAUUGGCUGCAACACAGGUUGCUUUUGUGCUACAAUCCGGGCAACGUAGGGGUAUGCAUUUUACCAUUGCAUCAGGACCUACAAUGACCACUCAUCAUCAGGAAAGCAUUUGACUUAUAGGAGACAUGAAGUCCUGCACUUACAUUAAAUUGGUUGUUGAUGAACAGAUGAGGAUUGAUUGUUCCCCCUAUUCGAUAGACUUUGGAAACUUUUCUUUUUUUUUAUUUCGUUGAUCUCCACAGAUAGUUUGGGAAAGAGUAGAGCUGCACUAAUAUCUGUUUUAAUGAAUUGCUGAAAACUUUGGGUUGCUGUGGUUUGUACCCAUCAUUGUGUAUAUGUAUAUAUGAGGUAUGCCAGUACUUGGUUUUCUUUCUAAACAAAGAGGUGAGUGCGUGUAUAUCUUGUCAUAUACCCUUGGUCAAGCCUAAUCAUGUAUGUGAACAGUCUUAGAAGUAAAGACAGUAAAUGUCUUUUACAUGUAUUUGCCAAGCUAUCGAAACUCAAUAAGGCCAUGCUUGGUUGGAUUGUUAGUGGCGUCUUAUGUUAUUUGGUACAGCUGUAAUUUAACAAGUCACGUGACUGACUUUUAUAAAUGAGUUGGGGGAUAUUAAAUAUUUUAAUGGAAGUAAUAUAUUUAUUUAA